CCCAUGCGCACUCCUUUCGCCCCGGCAGUCGCUGUUGCUCCCUGGGGUUGAGAUCGCUGCUUCCUCGCCUCCCCGCCCUGUGACCGAGGCAAGAACCCAGCUGGUUGUGUGCUGUGGCCGGUCGCCACUGCUGAGUGGAAGCAAAAUGUCCGUCAGCGUGCACGAGAACCGCAAGUCCAGGGCCAGCAGCGGCUCCAUUAACAUCUACCUGUUCCACAAGUCCUCCUAUGCUGACAGCGUCCUCACCCACCUGAACCUGUUACGCCAGCAGCGCCUCUUCACCGACGUCCUUCUCCAUGCUGGAAACAGGACCUUCCCUUGUCACCGGGCUGUGCUGGCAGCGUGUAGCCGCUACUUUGAAGCCAUGUUCAGUGGUGGCCUGAAAGAGAGCCAGGACAGCGAGGUCAACUUCGACAAUUCCAUCCACCCAGAGGUCUUGGAGCUGCUCCUCGACUAUGCCUACUCCUCCCGGGUCAUCAUCAAUGAAGAAAAUGCAGAAUCCCUCCUGGAAGCCGGCGACAUGCUGGAGUUUCAAGACAUCCGGGAUGCAUGCGCUGAGUUCCUGGAGAAGAACCUGCACCCCACCAACUGCCUGGGCAUGCUGCUGCUGUCCGAUGCGCACCAGUGCACCAAGCUGUACGAGCUCUCCUGGAGGAUGUGUCUCAGCAACUUCCAGACCAUCAGGAAGAAUGAAGACUUCCUCCAGCUGCCCCAGGACAUGGUAGUGCAGCUCUUGUCCAGUGAAGAGCUGGAGACCGAAGACGAAAGGCUCGUGUACGAGUCUGCGAUUAACUGGAUCAGCUAUGAUCUGAAGAAGCGCUACUGCUACCUCCCGGAGCUGUUGCAGACUGUGAGGCUGGCCCUCUUGCCAGCCAUCUAUCUCAUGGAGAACGUGGCCAUGGAGGAACUCAUCACCAAACAGAGGAAGAGCAAGGAGAUUGUAGAAGAGGCCAUCAGGUGCAAACUGAAAAUCCUGCAGAAUGACGGCGUGGUGACCAGCCUCUGUGCCCGGCCCCGGAAGACUGGCCAUGCCCUCUUCCUGUUGGGAGGACAGACGUUCAUGUGUGACAAGCUGUAUCUGGUCGACCAGAAGGCCAAAGAGAUCAUUCCCAAGGCUGACAUCCCCAGCCCAAGAAAAGAGUUCAGUGCAUGUGCAAUUGGCUGCAAAGUGUACAUUACUGGGGGGCGAGGAUCUGAAAACGGUGUCUCAAAAGAUGUCUGGGUUUAUGAUACCCUGCAUGAGGAAUGGUCCAAGGCGGCCCCCAUGCUGGUGGCCAGGUUUGGCCAUGGCUCUGCUGAACUGAAGCACUGCCUGUAUGUGGUUGGGGGGCACACUGCUGCCACCGGCUGCCUCCCGGCCUCCCCCUCAGUCUCUCUAAAGCAAGUAGAACAUUAUGAUCCCACAACAAACAAAUGGACCAUGGUGGCUCCCCUCCGAGAAGGGGUCAGCAAUGCCGCGGUGGUGAGCGCCAAGCUCAAGCUGUUUGCUUUCGGAGGUACCAGCGUCAGUCACGACAAGCUCCCCAAGGUUCAGUGUUAUGAUCAGUGUGAAAACAGGUGGACCGUCCCGGCCACCUGUCCCCAGCCCUGGCGUUACACGGCGGCAGCUGUGCUGGGUAACCAGAUUUUUAUUAUGGGGGGAGAUACCGAGUUCUCUGCCUGCUCUGCUUAUAAGUUCAACAGCGAGACUUACCAGUGGACCAAGGUGGGAGACGUGACCGCAAAGCGCAUGAGCUGCCACGCUGUGGCCUCCGGAAACAAGCUCUAUGUCGUCGGAGGGUACUUUGGCAUUCAGCGGUGCAAAACUCUGGACUGCUACGAUCCAACCUUGGACGUGUGGAAUAGCAUAACCACAGUCCCGUACUCGCUGAUCCCUACGGCAUUCGUCAGCACCUGGAAACAUCUGCCCUCUUAAAUGCAGCGCAUCCUAAAAAGAGUGAGCAUGAGCUGACUCCAUCCCUGCAUGAUCAAGAUGAGAUUUCUACUUUGGAGAGACCAAACUGAAUGAAGAGAAAGAAAAGGAAAAAAAGAAACGAAGUUGCUACCAGACCAGAAUCCAAUCCAUUGCACCUUGUAAAUGCUUCUAACUGGACAUGAAGGAAGGGGGCGGGGGAGGGGGCGGGGUUUCAGCGCCAGUCGCACAGGGUUUAAAUAUGAAUGAACGAACCUGUGAUCUCGUCCUUGUCUUGUAAUUGUGGAUUAAUGUCAGCGUUCAUCAGCCCCUCAAUGGGAGAGACAAGCCGGCCCUUUUCCUGGGUUGUUCCAUAUUCAGCAUGUGAUUUCCUUGGGCUCCACCAUGUAUGUGUAAAAUUUGAAAUGGUUGUCACUUCUCUCUGAGGAGCCAGCUUGAAGCCUCCACACCAGCUGCUGUUGGAGAUGGAAAGCUCAACUGUGGGGCCAGGAGGGAAGCUGGCUGGGCUGGCUGGGGCCUGACGAACUCUGGGCUCUCCCGUAAUCUCUGAGGGGCUGUGCUCCCCAGAAACGUCUCUGGACAAUGGGGACAUUGUUGAUAGCUGUUUGGUAGAUGUUCUUUUCUAUUUAUAAGUGACUUUGAACUUUCUCUUGGCUGGUAAGAACUUUGUUCUAGAUUUAGCUAUUUAUUGUUUGAGGCCUGCAUGCCGAAACAGUGCUUACAGUUGCCCUCAUGUGUAUGGAAUGGGAACUGGUUGUAUGUUUUGCACAAUUUCGUGACUGUUGUGAUGUGCUUUGCUGCACAAAAGUGAAAACGGGGGGUUAGAAUUAGGAGCAUAACUGGAGGGGGGGUUGGGGGGGGAUUUUGUAAAUGUCAAGACAGGGAAGGAUUACAAGACGGAAACUUUAGUUACAUCCUAGACGUGCAGAAGCAUGAAGGUCAUUUUUUCUUAGACUCACCAACUUUUCCUGGGGUUUUGUGGGCUCUGGUCAUGCCCAUGGCUCUAGGGGCAAAAGGGAAGGCUCUUUUUGCCCUCCUCCUCCUUGUCUGAUUCGCUCCUGAAAUUUGGAAAGGACCAAAUCACUCUGCAGUUUUUUUCCUUUGUGUCGUAUCCUGAAAUCUUGGAAAAUUCUAUAGAAUGGUUCUGUAUAUAGGGCACAGGUAGAGGCAUUGUCCCAAAGUUUAUUUAUUUAUCUAUUUAUUACCUUAUGCAAAUGCUUUGCUAUAACCACAGUUAACAGGGAAAAAAGACAAAAACCCACACAACUCUCACAGACAGAAAUUAAUUCACUGACGGGAUUUGCUUGACCUGACUUCCUUGUUCUCGCUCUCUGCUGUAUGAUACAACAAGUGCUAAAAGUUCUCCAAGGCAAUAUGCACAUUGGUACAAAGGAUAUUUUAGUGCUCCCUCUUAGGGAAGUCCCUGAAAAACUCUUUGGUGCACAAAAGGGACGCCUGUGGCCCCCAAACACCAAAGAACUUUAAGCAGUGGCCCCAACUGAGAGGCUUUCUGGGGGAGUCAUGAAUCAGUUGUGAAUACAUUCUUUGCUCGUUCCAAGUGCUUGUUGACUAAACACGUGCCGUGAUAGGUGUUAGUGGUAGACUCACAGAGAUGCUUCCUCAGGUGUCCGGGAAGCCCAGCAUUUGCAACUCGCACGGCUUUUCGUUGCUGUUUCUCAAGUCACUGUGUUUUAGAAACUAGGGUUUAAGACAAAUAAAUAAUCUUACAUCUUGGUGUGUUUGCAUUGUCUAAUGACAUACAUCCUUCAGAUCUCUCUCCACCUGAAUAAUUUAGACUGAUUGUACGUGUCCAUCCGUGCCAUGGAUAGGUGGGCUAUAGUUGGACCAAAAUAAAUGAGACUUUGGAAUCAAAGGAUCUCAAUACUUUCUGGCAGUCAGUCCCUCGCUCCUGGAUGUGUUCUGAGCAAUGCAAAUGUCUGUACCCUGGUGGCAUAGUCGGUGUCCUUAAUAUUGUAGUAUUUACAGCCCUGUAUGGUUUAUGAUGCAAAUCUGCCAAGAUGUGGGUGUCACUGUGUGGCUUCUGAAAGCGGGGUGAAUUUUCUGCAGCUGGUUCAAAGUUGUGGUGUGUCCUUGAAUCCUCUCUUAAUUGCUGUGUGUGAGCCAGAGGGAGCUGUGAUCAGGGUGGGCCCCCAGCCUGCAGGGAACUUUCUGGACUCUCUGCUCUUUGAAUUGAUGGAGGCAUUUGGGCUCGCUACUUGACCAUUCUCACCCUGUGAAACGUCCCGCGCUUUGAAGCAAAUACAAUUCACAGCACAGUGCACACAAAAACCUUGGCAUAAGACAGAGAAGGUUCUUCUUAUUCUGCGGACUGGUUGCUGUGGAAACAGAUAACAAAGGGCAGCCUUCCACUUCUGGUAUAAUUGUGUAGCCCCCUUUUCUCUGGGCUUGACACCUGUCUGAAUAAGAAUGAUUAGAGCUGAAUAAUAUCCUUCUCUUGGUUAUUGAAUAUGUGGUUCACGUACAAAACUCUGUGUAAGUUGAAGAAGUGUUCGUGUUCAUAUGUACUUGUUUGCUACAUUUUUGAGGUUUUGUAAAACUGUAUUUUUUUUUUCACAAUGUGAAACUGAAGGUCAAAUAAAUUAUUAGAGAUUUUCUCUUCA